AUGGCGUACACCGUCGCUCACGCUCAAUGGAAGCUUCGACAAGAUUAUGCCAAGCCUGAUUUUUUCAGACACUUCACUCUAGCCGUUUUGCGUGAGUUGUGCAAUUCUCGCCAAUUAUAUGUCGCUCCGACCGGACGGAGGGGUCAAAAGGCUGCAAAGAACCGAGUUCUGAAGGAGGAUUAUAUCCGCACUCUUCUCGACAACCGGGCAGCUUUUAGUGUGCCUGCCGUGAGCCCUUCCAGCGAAGCUAACAAGGCAUCUCCUCAGCCAGUCGAAACUCACGUUGCGGAGGCUGGACCUCACAUCAAGAGGCGGAGGGCAGCGGAUGAUUUACUUCCCGAGGUUUCUAAACGGGCUCGCUUGGAGUCUUGCUCAAAGUCUUCAGACACUUCUGCUUUGGCUCCAGAGGGAUCAACGUUGUCUGCACAGAAUGCGCCCAUCUCAACAUCAGAAAGCACACCUGUAGAGGAAGAGACGAUCUCACCCAUUCAAAGGAAACGUCCCUUGGCUGAUAACACCGCGGAUGACCCAGUGAAGCGACCUCAUCUCGAAGCUGAUCUCGUCGUGCAAGAUACCCAUCAUAGAUAUGAGGAAGAUUUGAACACGAUGUUCGAGGUAGCAUUGACGAUUGCCCCCCCCAGCGUAGCAACAUUUCUUGUUCAAGAUCGAGUAGAAGUGGCGAUGCCGCCUGCAGGUCCAACGACAUUCGAAGCUAAGGCUAAUGGAAAGAAUAGAUCUCAUCCUUCUCGGGAGGUACGAAUCAGGCUGUUUGACCGAGCGAAAGACUGGAAUCCGAUCAAGGAGGUGUCAAUCCAUUGUUUGCCAGACGGAAAUUUGGAUUUGCGUUCGCUUAGCGCAAAAUUGGGAGUCUAUGAAUGUUGUCAGGUGAUCGAUCCAAGCAACUUCAAACCUUUUUUUAACUAUUCAGAAGGACUACUGGGACGUGAUGACAUUGACGAAUUGAUGAAGGAUGAGUACUUGUGCGUGAUAGGUAUCGUCUCAAUUAUCAUCACUAAAGAAGCCCACUGA